AUGAACUACGAAAAUCCUCCGCCUUACCCUGGCCCAGGCCCAACUGCCCCUUACCCACCCUAUGCACAGCAACCGGGUGGUCCUCCUGGCCCAUACCCAGGUUAUCCUCCUGGACCUACUGGGCCGUACCAGCCAGGCCAGCCAGGUUAUCAAGGUUAUCCCCAAUAUGGAUGGCAAAAUGCACCUCCGCCUCCAGGACCAGUGUAUGCAGAUGGGCCUAAAAACACAG